CCUAGAUCCCAAAUACAAAAACCACCCAAUCAAAAAUCGUCUACUCAAAGUUGACCCUUUACACAUACUCACACUCACACUCACAGAUGAAGGAAACUCGAGCAAUCUGUACGUAUUCAUACAUGAAAUCCUCCCCAAAUUUACUGCCCUAGCAUUUCUGCAGCUCGUUUUAUUCGUGAUCGGUGCAUUUGUUUUCGGAAAAUCAAGUCUGGGAGAGUAAAGAGCGCAUCAAAUGAGCAUUAAAUUUCGGAGGAAUAUAAACAAGGAUUAUUAUUACUACCACCGGAUUUCGAUCGAUGUUUAAGGAUAAUCUAAUUGGGUUUGGAUUAGCUGUGGGAUCGAGCGCGUUUAUUGGAUCCAGCUUCAUCAUCAAGAAGAAGGGUUUACUGAGAGCUGGCGCGUUGGGCUCUCGAGCUGGCUCUGGAGGAUAUGGAUACUUGCUCGAACCACUUUGGUGGAUUGGAAUGUUUACGAUGGUCAUUGGGGAGUUUGCCAAUUUUGUUGCUUAUAUGUAUGCCCCCGCUGUCCUUGUUACACCACUUGGAGCAUUAAGUAUAAUCGUCAGUGCUGUUUUAGCUCAUUUCUUACUGAAAGAGACCUUGAGGAAGUUAGGAAUCUUGGGAUGCGUUUUAUGUAUAGUAGGUUCUACAGUUAUUGUGCUUCAUGCACCUGGUGAACAUGCUAUCAGCUCAGUCGAAGAAAUCUGGGAAUUGGCAGUACAGCCAGCUUUUCUUUUGUACGUGGCUUCAGCAGUAGCUGUGGUGUUGGCACUUGUGUUGUAUUGCGAACCACGCUAUGGACAGACAAACAUCAUGAUUUACAUCGGAGUUUGUUCUGUAAUUGGAUCCUUAACUGUCAUGAGUGUUAAAGCACUAGGCAUCGCUAUAAAGCUCACAUUGGAGGGCAGUAGCCAGGUAGCCCACUUCAAGUCCUGGGUAUUUGCCAUGGUGGCAGCUACAUGCGUUAUUACUCAAUUGAACUACUUAAACAAGGCUCUGGACACAUUUAACACUGCUGUCGUAUCUCCAAUUUAUUAUGCCAUGUUCACAUCACUUACGAUUGCUGCCAGUGCCAUCAUGUUCAAGGAUUGGUCCGGUCAGAGUGCUAGUAGCAUCGUCUCCGUUCUCUGUGGAUUUAUCACAGUGCUUUCGGGUACCAUGGUUUUGCACAAUACAAGAGAUCCGAUGAAACAGCUAACUAGAGAUUAUUCCGUGCUUUCUCCACAAAUAUCUUGGGUAGUCCACGCGAAUGGCGAGAUAUGGAAACAGAAAGACAGUGACGGCCUGCAAAAUGAAUACGUUGCAAUCAUCCAUCAAGACCAUUUCAAACAAUAUGAGAAUCCAGACUGAUGUGGAGAGUGAUAGUGAUCAUCAACGUCGAUUUUCUGGUAAGUUCUCGACAUCUCUUCACUGAUCAAUCAAGGCUGCAUUGUUUUUUCAGUAGAAACUUUCAUAGAUAUUGAUAUUUUUCUUAGUUGUCUGGUUAAUGAAUGUUUUUCUCCUUUCCUGGGGUUGGAGAGGUUGUAAGCUAGUUAGUUGUAUAAUAACUUGAGCAUUUUUUGAUCAUAUAUUUGUUGUGUUGAUUAUUAUUCUCAAAAAAGUUUGAUCUCCAUUGAGAUGAUUGGAUGGUAUCUAUUUCGUUCCAGUCGAGGAGAUCGUGGAUGGUAGGAUCUUAACUCAUAACCUCUUAGUUCUUGUACGAGUAAAUUCAUAUGUAAACUUGUUGACAAUAUAAUCACAAAUUCUUCUCAACUA